AUGGCCAAGGCGACGAUGGUGGACGACAAGGUGGUGGUCGACUACCUGAACGACGUCUCGCGCGCGCUUCUGCAGGCUGACGUCCGCUUCGAGACAGUCCGGGCUGUGCAGGCCAGCAUCAGGAGCGCCGUCAACCUCCAGUCCAUCGCUGCCGGCACUGACAGCCCCGCGCUGGUGUGCGCCGACACGUUCCGGGCCGGCGCCCCGGACCAGCUGAGGCAGAACGCGGCCAAGCCCGGCAUCCCUUUCUACGGGAGCUACACGGAGUCGGACUCGGAACCCGUGAGGUUCGCCGUCGAGGGCGUGGACAGGUUCAGGAACGACGACCAAGAUGCUGAGGGAUGUGACCUCAUCGUCGUCGACACGAGCGGGCGCCAGAGCCAGGAGGCCGCUCUCCUGGAGGAGAUGCGGCAGCUCGCGGAGGCCACGCGGCCGGACCUGGUGGUGCUCGUCAUGGACGCCAGCAUCGGCCAGGCCGCGUUCGACCAGGCGCUGGCGUUCAAGCAGAGCGCCGAGGUCGGCGCCGUCAUCGUCACCAAGAUGGACGGCCACGCCAAGGGCGGCGGCGCGCUCAGCGCGGUCGCAGCAACGGAAAGCCCCGUCAUAUUCAUCGGCACCGGGGAGCAUGUCGCGGACCAGGAGGCCUUCAACGCCAGGUCCUUUGUGAGUCGUCUGCUAGGCAUGGGAGACUUGCCUGGCUUCGUGGGCAAGAUCGAGGACGCCAUGACGACGAUGCCCAUGCCUGCUGAUCAAGGACAAGGACUGGAGCAGCUUCUGCACGAGCUGAUGACGGUUAAAGGAGCCAGCGGCUUCACUCUCAGGGCUCUGAACCAGCUGUUCCGGUUAGUGCAGAGCAUGGGUCCUCUAAGGCAUCUCGUCUCCUUGCUACCAGCUGGAUUAUUGGGAGACAAGGGGAAGCGGGAGAAGGAAGGGCAGCAGGCCAAGAUCAAGAGGUACAUGACGAUCAUGGACUCCAUGAGUGCUGCAGAGCUUGACGGGGCCGACCCGAUGAAGCUGAUGAUGACGAAACAGCAGCAGUCACGGUCACGGAUCAACCGGGUCGCUCAGGGAUCCGGCAGGCCCGUCAGCCAAGUGAUGGAACUGCUGGAGGAGCACAAGCGAAUGGCCCAAAUGUUGAGCAAAUUCGCCCCACACGUCAAGAGACAGAGACAGGGACCCAAUAACGACAUGUUGAAUCAGCUUGGUGGCACAAUUGGGCUGCACAGUAUCAUCAGACAAAUGGAUCGACGCUCAAAGUCGACUUAG